UGAUGCCUUACGUAGGGCUGGAUCCCACUUUGAUAAGGCAGGUCUGGUGGGCGCGCCAGCAUCCCCUCCCUGGAGUCGCAGCCCCAGACAGAGUGGGAAAGGAACGCGCCCGGAUCAGAAGGCAGUUCCUGGGAGGAGGUAUCUAUGUGGCUUCCCUAAUGAAAAGCUGAGACCGUGGGCAGGAGGGGGUUGGCGGCGGGAGCCACGCCGAGAGUUCGGCUCUGACGCACGGACGAGCUCUGAGCACCAGCUCUCUGCAGGGCCAACCCUGGGAUGCUGUACUCCGGGCUACGGGACAGCCGUCUUCUCCCAGGUGAGGAACCUGCAGCAUGUGACCUAGCUCCUUGACCCAGCUGCCCUAGCCUCUGGGGACUCCAGGCUCAGGGACUUGCAGCUCUGUGCCCUCCUCCAGACCGUCUCGUCUCUCUGCACGCUCAGGCAGGAGGCCGGGGCCACCUUUGUCCUCCAGACGCCUCGCCACCUGCCAAAGGCAGUGAACAUCCAGACUGCUUCUGAGCGCAGAGGGCCGCCUGGAGACUUGCGCACCCUUGCUGUAUGCGUGCCGCGCUGGUGUCCUGCCCUAACGAUGGAUCUGCUUGUGAACUUCUCCUUUACCCUCUCCACCCCAUCCUCUCUGGAGUCUAACCACAGCCUGGGAGCUGAGGACCUGCGCCCCAGCCCGCCCUUGCUCUCCGUCUUCAGCAUGCUCGUUCUGACCUUGCUGGGCCUUCUAGUGGCAGCCACGUUCGCCUGGAACCUGCUGGUGCUGGCCACCAUCCUCCGCGUGCGCACCUUCCACCGUGUCCCACAUAACCUGGUGGCCUCCAUGGCUGUCUCCGAUGUGCUGGUGGCCGCGCUGGUCAUGCCACUGAGUCUGGUGCAUGAACUGUCUGGGCGCCGCUGGCAGCUAGGCCGGAGGCUGUGCCAGCUGUGGGUGGCAUGCGAUGUGCUGUGCUGCACGGCCAGCAUCUGGAAUGUGACGGCCAUAGCCCUGGACCGAUACUGGUCCAUCGCAUGUCACCUGGAAUACACGACCCGCGCUCGAAAGCGCGCAUCCAAUGUAAUGAUCGCGCUCACCUGGGCACUCUCGGCUGUCAUCUCUCUGGCCCCGCUGCUGUUUGGCUGGGGGGAGACGUACUCUGAGCACCGAGAGGAGUGCCAGGUGAGCCGAGAGCCCUCCUACGCCGUGUUCUCCACCGUGGGGGCUUUCUACCUGCCGCUCUGCGUGGUGCUCUUCGUAUACUGGAAGAUCUACAAGGCUGCCAAGCUCCGUGUGGGUGCCAGGAAGACCAACAGCGUCUCACCUGUGCCUGAAGCCAUGGAGGUGAAGGACUCCACACAACAGUCCCAGAUGGUGUUCACAGUCCGCCCUACCACUGUCACCUUCCAGACAGACGGGGACACGUGGCGGGAGCAGAAGGAACAGAGAGCAGCCCUCAUGGUGGGCAUCCUCAUCGGGGUGUUCGUGCUGUGCUGGAUCCCCUUCUUUGUCACCGAGCUUGUCGGCCCCCUCUGCUCCUGGGAUAUCCCGGCCAUCUGGAAAAGCAUCUUCCUCUGGCUUGGCUACUCUAACUCCUUCUUCAACCCCCUCAUCUACACAGCCUUCAACAAGAACUAUAGCAGCGCCUUCAAGAGCUUCUUUUCGAGACAGCACUGAUCAUAGUUGAGGGCAAAAAUGCCUUUGUCCUGUGGCUCUGUAGAAGUUUGGACUCUGCACCCUGCAGCCACGGAGUGGUAAAAUUCUCCAAGUACCACAUGGCCAUCUCAGAGCUCAGUUCACCCAUUUCCUAACUUGCACACAGCGGGGACAUCUUCACCCAGGGCUCUGUGUGUCCCAUUUGCCUCCUGUCCCUUACUCUGCACCAGCAGCCGCAGACCUGGCCCACCAAGGACCCACUCCUUCCCUAAGUCCACUCCAACACAGCCCCUGGCAUGGACCUGGAGAAGCCCUAUCAUGGAAGCAAGUGGGAGGAGGUACAGCAUAGGGGCAAGGGAAGGAGGAUGGGAAAAAAACCCAAUGAGAUGCAAGGAGACCAUAAUACUAAGCUGUCCAGACUCA